AUGUUUGACUUCGGACAGCAAAGUCCACAAUUUCAUCUUCUUCUGAACUUCAACGCCCCUCUCUCUCUCUCUCUCUCAUCUCAUGUUCUUCCUCCUUGAAUCCGUCAAACUUUCUUCUCCCUUCCGAUUCUAUUUAUACUCUUAGUUCCGUUCAUGUCUUCCUCACUUUCCCGGAUUUCUCACCGGAACUUUUCUCAAUACUCCAAUCGGCGUCCAUGGCCUGGACGUUCACUUCCGGCGCUCAAAUGUUACUGGUUCUUUCUAUUUUCCUUCUCGCCGGCGGCCUGAGAAGCGGUGACGCAUCUUCGUUUAAGUUCAGCAUCCACCAUCGUUUUUCGGAUUCGGUUAAGGGGAUUCUUCACUCUGAAGGUUUACCGGAGAAACACACCCCUGGAUAUUAUGCGACUAUGGUCCACCGUGAUCGAUUUGUUCGUGGUCGGCGAUUGGCUGAUGAUACGCAGCUGACGUUCGCUUAUGGCAACGAUACCUUCUUCAUCCCCGAGUUGGGAUUUUUGUACUACGCUAAUGUUUCGGUCGGAACGCCGUCGUUAGAUUUCUUUGUUGCGUUGGACACGGGAAGCGAUUUGUUCUGGUUACCAUGUGAAUGCCGCAGUUGUUUUACUUAUUUGAACACAUCGGAUGGGGGACAGUUUAUGCUGAAUCAUUAUAGUCCAAGUGAUUCAACAACGAGCUCAACUGUUCCCUGCAGCAGCUCUUUGUGCGAGCUUUCAAACCAAUGCACUUCAAACCAAAAUACAUGUCCUUAUGAAAUUAAUUACCUAUCCGCUAAUACCUCGUCGGUUGGGUACUUGGUAGAGGACGUAUUGCACUUAGCCACUGAUGAUUCACUACUCAAACCCGUUGAGGCUAAGAUUACUUUUGGGUGCGGCAAGGUCCAGACAGGUAUAUUUGCAAGAAGUGCAGCACCCAAUGGUCUUAUUGGGCUUGGCAUGGAAAAGAUAUCAGUUCCAAGCUUCUUAGCAGACCAAGGGCUUACCUCAGAUUCAUUCUCCAUGUGUUUCGGACUUGAUAAUUAUGGGAGAAUCGAUUUUGGGGACACAGGCCCAGCAGGCCAAAAAGAAACACCCUUCAAUUCCAUGCUCCACUUUCAAUCCUACAAUGUUUCCUUCAAUCAGAUAAUUGUGGGAGACAAAACCAACAAUGUUCCAUUUACUGCAAUUUUCGACUCUGGUACCUCGUUUACGUACCUAACUGAACCAGCUUACUCUACUAUUUCUGAGCAAAUGGAUGCAGGGAUGGACUUAAAGCGCUUUACAUUUGAUUCUAGUUUCCCAUUUGAGUACUGCUACGAACUUCCUUCAAAUUCAAAAGACGUUCAACGUCCGUUGCUGAAUUUUACAAUGAAGGGUGGAGAUGAUUUUGUCCCCUUAGAUCUGUUUAUUGUUGUUCCUAUUGAUGAUUCAGGUAGUAGUCGUGCUGCUUGUCUGGCCAUUCUCAAAAGCACUGAUAUUGAUCUAAUUGGACAAAACUUCAUGACUGGUUAUCGUAUUAUCUUCAAUCGUGAGAAGAUGGUGUUGGGCUGGAGUCUUUCAGAUUGUUACGACAAUGGUGACGGCACUCCCUCCGGUGAUACCCCUCCAUCGGACUCUCCUCCCUCUGACUCUCCUCCGGCUGAUUCCCCUCCAACCGACGACUCUCCUCCGGCUGAUUCCCCUCCAACCGACGAUUCUCCCCCAUCCGAACACUCUCCCCCCUCCGAAGACUCUCCUCCGUCAGAAGACUCUCCCCCGUCCGAAGACUCUCCUCCGGCACCGUCUACCCCAGGAGGAAGGACUGGUUUGCCGAAUUUUGGCGAUGCAACGCGGUUGAACCCAUUGGCCUCUGUAUUUGUUGCUGUUCUUGCAAUUUUGGCCGUUGUUUGAAUUUGAUUAUUUUUCUCUGGGUUUCAUUGGUUUUACUUCUGAUUUAUUUGGUGUAUUUUAUUUUGCUUUUCGUAAAAUAAUAAUUUAAAUUCGAAAUA